AUUUGAAAAUUUAGUUCCUUUGUAUUCACCAAGAAGCCCAGAACAAAACACACACUCAUUCCAAAAUGAACAGCCAAGUUAUUAUUGAGAAAAUCGUCGAAAAGAUGAAGGCCGUCGAUCCAUCGAAGAGGACCAUCUUUGUCAUUUACCAAAUUAAUUUUACCAAAGCUGAUGGAACUCCAUCAAAGAGUUUUGUGCUGGACUUGAAGGACCUCAAGAUCUAUGAAGGCAAGGUUGACAAUGCCGAUGGUGAAUUGACUGUUGUGGAUGAAGAUUUCUAUGCUUUGGCAUCUAAGAAAAUUUCUUUUGAUGACUUCGUUGCAAGCGGAAAGGCUAAGAUGAGUGGAGAUUUGAGUGCCCUGAAAACACUUGUGGAGAAAUUCUACGCUUAAGUUUACUCUUGUAUUGAAUGAAUAAGGAUUUUUCUAUGGAAUGACUUGAAAUAAAAAUAAAAAAGAAAUGAUAAAA